CAUUAUCAAACACACAAAGCAUGAGAUUCAUUCCUUGUUUUUAUUCUCAAACAACCCCCACCGAACUCUCUUCUCUUGUCUACUUUUCACUAAAUAUGUCUCUGUUUUUUUUAUCCUUCCAAACAAUUGUUCUUUAUUGUUAUUUUUAAAUAUUCCAGAACUUGUUAUUCACUUCCAAAAAUCCAACCUUUUUCACUUCCAUAUCUAAAAAAAUCCCAUCUUUGCAUCAUUUUCAUCAUAAAACUCUCAAUUCUUGCUACUUUCCACUGAAUCAUUUUAAGUUUUUUUCCCAAACAAUUGUUCUUUGUUCUUGUUUCAAGGUAUCCAUAACUUGUUUUUCACUUCCAAAUAUCCAACCUUCAUCACUCCCAAUCUACAACUCCCAAGUUUUUUUAUUAUUCAAAAAUCCCAGUUUUGCAUCUCUUUCAUCAUAGAACUCUCAAGUCCUGUCUACUUUUUACUGGAUCAUUCAAAGUUCCUGUUAUUCACUUCCAAAAACCCAACCUUUUUCACUCCCAACCCCCAAAUCUGAUCAUAUUUGAUCCAAAAAUCCAAUCUUUGCAUCUUUUUAACCCUAAAAACCUCAUCUUGGCCGCAGAUUUCCAUCCCCAAUGCGCCACUGAUGUCGUUAGCGUGCGGCAUCCCCUUGCUCGAGUGCGUCUACUGCCUCGCGUGUGCGCGCUGGGCCUGGAAGCGCUUAAUCCACAGCGCCGGCCACGACAGUGAGUCCUGGGGCCUCGCAUCCGCCGUGGAGUUCGAACCCGUGCCACGCCUCUGCCGCUACAUCCUCGCCGUCUACGAGGACGACCUUUCCAAUCCUCUCUGGGCGCCGCCUGGUGGCUACGGCAUGAAUCCCCGCUGUGUGCUCACCAAGAAGAACUACGAGGACACUCAUGGCCUAGCGCCGCCGUAUUUCAUAUACCUCGACCACGACCACUCUGACAUUGUUCUCGCCGUCCGGGGACUCAAUUUGGCCAAAGAGAGUGACUAUGCUGUGCUUCUUGAUAACAGGCUUGGAAAGAGGAACAUUGAUGGAGGGUAUGUUCACAAUGGGCUGCUGAAGGCUGCUGCUUGGGUGUUGGAUAAGGAGUGUGAUGUGUUGAAGGAGUUAUUGGAUUUGUAUCCUAGUUAUACUUUGACUUUUACUGGGCACUCUUUGGGGUCUGGUGUUGCGGCAAUGCUGGCUUUGGUGGUGGUGCAAAACAGGGAUAAGCUUGGCAAUGUGGACAGGAAGAGGGUGAGGUGUUAUGCUAUGGCUCCGGCACGGUGUAUGUCGCUUAAUCUUGCUGUUAGAUAUGCUGAUGUUAUCAACUCCGUUGUGCUUCAGGAUGAUUUCUUACCUCGGACAGCCACACCAUUGGAAGACAUAUUCAAAUCGCUCUUCUGUUUGCCAUGCCUGCUCUGUCUAAGAUGCAUGAAAGACACAUGCAUACCGGAACAUGUCAAGUUAAGAGAUCCGAGGCGGCUUUAUGCACCUGGUCGACUAUAUCACAUUGUUGAGCGGAAGGUGUGCAGGUUUAAGAGAUAUCCUCCUGUUGUUAAAACAGCAGUGCCGAUCGACGGGAGAUUUGAACACAUUGUUCUCUCCUGCAAUGCGACGGCAGACCACGCGAUAAUUUGGAUAGAGAGAGAAGCUCAGAAAGCACUAGAUGUGAGUGUCGUCAAGCUUUUUAACAAUGGAUUCAUUCUUGUCAUGGAUUCUGAAAACAAAGUACUGCAGUUGAUGCUUGAGAAGGAGAGGAUCAUGGAGCUCCCCGUGACGCAGAGGAUGGAACGGCAGCAAACACUUGCAAGAGAGCACAGUGAGGAGCACAAGGCUGCACUUCGGCGUGCUGUGACAUUGUCUGUGCCGGAUGCGUAUUCACCAUCAGUUUAUGGCACUUUUGAUGAGAAUUUGAGUAGGGUCACCGGGGAAGUGAGUACAUCCUCUUCAACACGGAGUAGAAUGAGUUGGGAUGAGUUGAUUGAAAGGGUGUUUGAGAAGGAUGAUUCUGGGCAGAUGGUGCCCAGGAAGUCCCCUCCCUCUGCUAGAACUUAAUAUAAGAUGCAUGAACCUUUUGGUUUACCUUUGUUGUGCCAUUACUAAAUAUGAGUUUUAGUUAUAGAAUGAAAUUUAAUUCUUGAUUAUAGAUUUUAGAUUAGACAGAAUUAUUCAAUGGAAUCAAAUGGGAGCUCUUAUGUGCCGCUUUGAUUUUA